AUGUCCGAUUGCAUCCCUUUGGAGUUGAUAUCAGAUAUACUGUGUCGGUUGCCCGUGAAGACGCUCAUCCGAUUCAAGUGUGUAUCAAAAGGAUGGCGCUCUCUUGUGGAAGACGAAUAUUUCAUUCAGUGUCAUCUGAAUCGCUCCCUCGACGGAGACGGCGGCAGUAUUGAAUCAUCCAAUAUAACUAAGUUACUGCUUUCGCCAGUUCAUGUCUUACCAUAUGAGUUCAGCUACUACUCCUACUUAACCGACUUCAAAUCUCCAAGCGACAAACUUGAACAAAUUCUUGAGCCUUAUGAUCGGGUUGAGUCCGUCCAUAGCAAGGUGAUUGGUUCAUGUAAUGGAUUAUUAUGUUCAUUAUACAGAUCCUCAAAUCAUAUUGUCAUACGGAAUGUGGCAACUAGAGAUCCUGGAUUCUCCGUACCCUACCCGGGAAUUAGGGUUCCUUCAGAUCGAAAAGUCGCAUGCGGGUUUGGAUAUGACAAAGUUAACGAUGAUUAUAAGGUGGUGAUUAUUGAAACUCUAACGGAGACAUCAAGAUCUGUUUCUAAGGUUUACAGUCUAAAAAAUCAUGCGUGGCAAUGGAGUCUAACGGUUCCUCAUGGUACACGAUUCUAUAAUACCUCCUAUUGUGGAUUUGCCAUUGGAGUGCUCGUAGCAGGAGCGUUGCAUUGGAGCGGAUUGAAUCGAUACGCGAAGAAUCCCCCCAUCAAGAACCAGAAGAACCAGAACCAGAAGCAGGACAUUAUAAUUGCUUUUGAUAUCGAAGCUGAAGAAUAUAGGGAGGUACCUAUGCCGGACUGUGUUGAGCCUAAUUUAAAAGUUAGGGUAUUUGGGGGAUGCCUUACUAUGAUCAACUAUAACGAUUCUCACACGGAUCGUGAAUAUAAAUAUGAAAUUUGGGUGAUGAAGGAGUAUAAUGUGAAAGAGUCGUGGACCAAAUUCUAUUCAUGCCCGUUUUAUGCAAUGCCGGUGGCUUACUCAAGAAACCAUGACCAUAUUCUUUGCCAUAGCUUAUGUCGUGGAUUCUUGUUUUAUUAUAACAUGGGGAAACCAGCUUAUCGUAAGCAAGAGAUUUGCAUUGAUUUUUCCUGGAACUUCAAACGCUUCCAGCAUGUGAAGGUUUUUACUGAAAGUCUUGUUCGAAUUAGUGCUUAUACGGGAGUACCUGCUUAUACUGGAGUACCUGGAACAAGAGGCCUUCCCAGCGUGCGCAAAAAGCAGAGCAAAAGUCGUGAUUCGUGA